GAGAACAGACUGGAGAGAAAUGUGAAGAACUCAGCAAAUUCAAGAAGUCUGCAUACCACCCACAUCCCCACUCCUGGGUCUCUGCAGCUGGUAUAGAAAAUGACACUUCAUGAAAGAAUACAAGUCAUGUGUCUUUAGAAAGAGAAAAAAAAGACUACCAAACAAGUCUAGCAAAAUCUGCCCUUGUUUGGUACAAUGGGUACCACAAAUGAUGAAAUGGCUUCAGUGGAGCACAACUCUUCCUUGAACCCUCUGUGCUUUGAAUGCGGCCAACAGCAUUGGACAAGAGAGAAUCACUUGUACAACUAUCAGAAUGAAGUGGAUGAUGACCUGGUCUGCCAUAUUUGCCUUCAGCCCUUGUUGCAGCCACUGGACACCCCUUGUGGACACACAUUCUGUUACAAGUGCCUAAGGAACUUUUUACAGGAGAAAGAUUUCUGUCCAUUGGAUCGAAAAAGGCUCCACUUUAAGCUCUGCAAGAAAUCCAGUAUCCUUGUUCAUAAACUGUUAGACAAAUUAUUUGUUUUAUGCCCCUUUUCUUCAGUAUGUCAGGAAGUAAUGCAGCGAUGUGAUCUGGCAGCACAUCUUAAAAACAGGUGUCCCGGAGCUUCGCAUCGAAGGGUUGCACUGGAGAGACGGAAGACAAGCAAACCACAGUCAGAAGCUGUGUGUGAAAAUGGGCAUUGUGUAACAGAUUGCCCGGGCACUGUGUCUCCUGAUGCAGACCAGACUGGGACAGGAACAGUGCCAGUGGAACAGAACUUUACAUCCACUGCUCUUCCUCUGUGGACAGAUGAACCUGGCCUUGACAACCCUGCUUAUGAAGAGAGUGCCAUGACAGACAGCUUCCCACCUAUGGAGUAUUGUCCUGUUCGAACGAAAAGGCAACUGAGUAACUCCUGCAUUCAUCUGCAUCGAACUAACAGUAACGCCUCUAGCAUCUGGGAUUUUAGAGAGGAAAUGCUCAGCCUUACCACAGAGGAAGCAACCCAGCCACUACCUAGCUUGCCUGAAGGAGAGAUCACUACAAUUGAAAUUCACCGGUCCAAUCCUUAUAUUGAGCUGGGCAUUAGCAUAGUGGGUGGCAAUGAAACGCCAUUGAUCAACAUUGUUAUUCAAGAGGUGUACCGAGAUGGGAUCAUUGCCCGAGAUGGAAGGCUCCUUGCUGGAGACCAGAUACUUCAAGUUAACAACUUUGACAUCAGCAACGUGUCACACAACCAUGCUCGUGCUGUCCUUUCCCAGCCUUGUGUGGCGCUGCACCUCACCGUGCUCAGAGAGAGGCGCUUUGGAAGCCGUAAUCACAACCACACUGACAGCAGCAACUCCCAGAGAGAGGACAGUUUCCAGGUGACACUGCAUAAGCGUGACUCUAGUGAACAGCUUGGCAUUAAACUAGUACGCAGAACAGAUGAGCCUGGAGUUUUUAUUCUCGACCUUUUGGAAGGGGGAUUGGCUGCUCAAGAUGGCCGACUCUGCAGCAAUGACCGAGUCCUUGCAAUCAAUGGGCAUGAUCUGAAGCAUGGGACACCUGAACUUGCUGCCCAGAUUAUCCAGGCUAGUGGGGAGAGGGUGAAUUUAACAAUCUGCAGACCAGUGAAAUCGCAGACCGUCAGUAUUCUUCGAGAAGCAGGGACUCAUGCCAGCAGCCAGCACCAGUCCCAACAGCUGUUUCAUAGCAGACCCAGUUCACAUAAGGACCUUUCACAGUGUGUUAAAUGCCAAGAAAAGCACAUUACCGUGAAAAAAGAACCACAUGAAUCCCUUGGGAUGACAGUGGCAGGAGGCAGAGGCAGCAAAAGUGGUGAACUGCCAAUCUUUGUCACUAGCGUGCAACCCCAGGGCUGUCUUGCAAGAGAUGGCCGGAUCAAACGAGGUGAUGUGCUGCUGAAUAUUAACGGCAUUGAUCUGACCAAUCUCAGUCACAGUGAGGCAGUAGCCAUGCUGAAAGCCAGUGCUGCCUCUUCAGUUGUUUCACUCAAAACGUUAGAGGUCCAGAUUGUUGAAGAACAAUCCCAGGCUAAUGAAGAACAGCCAAGCACAAUCAGUGAAAACGAAUAUGAUGCUAGUUGGUCACCAUCCUGGGUCAUGUGGCUGGGCCUUCCCAGCUGCCUGCAUAGCUGCCAUGACGUAGUGCUGAGGAGAAGCAAUCUAGGGAGCUGGGGCUUUAGUAUCGUCGGUGGAUAUGAGGAGAGCCACACAAACCAGCCUUUCUUCAUUAAAACGAUUGUUCUUGGAACUCCUGCAUACUUUGAUGGAAGAUUAAAAUGUGGGGACAUGAUUGUUGCUGUAAAUGGACUAUCAACAGUGGGUAUGAGCCAUUCUGCACUAGUUCCCAUGCUGAAGGAGCAGAGGAACAAAGUCACUUUGACAGUUAUUUGCUGGCCUGGAAGCCUCAUAUAGAUUUGCAAGUGUUUUGGUUCAUACAGCUUAUUUUUCUAGAUGGCUGGUAAAAACUCUAGUUUUUGUUUUGUUUUGGUUUUUCCUACUGACACAGCUGGUAAUAAGCAGGGCCAAAACUGCUACGUUUAUUUUUUUUCCAAGAUUCAACCUCAAUGUUUGUAUCUUUCUUUCAUCCUGAAACCGACCUUCCUACCAAGUUUGUGUUAAUUGUUAAAGAUCCCUCCCCCCCCACACAUUUUUGUUAUUAAGCCUUCCCAGACGGGUAAUAUUCUGGCAGGUUCAACAGGAGAACGCUUGUAUUUUUGGUUUCUCUUUCUAUUUUUCCAGAUUGAAAUGUUAAGUAAGCUUUGUACACACUCUUCACAGAGGGAAGGUUUAUGUCAGUAAUGCACUCGCAGAUCUUUCUCUCUGCUACUGUGAAUCAAAAUCAGUUUCAAGAGAAACACCUUUACCAAUUUUGUAAACCUUUUCAUUUAUUCCAUGAUUUCCAAACCAUUCAAGGACCUUUGUUACUCCUAAGAAAAUGUUUGGUCCCACAGUUUUUCUUGCAGGGCAUUAGUGCUUAGAAAAGUAGGACAAAAGCCUGAUAUUGCUGGAAUUUUUAUAAAGUGCAAUAAUUGGACUCUUUGUUAGAAAAUGAUUUAAUAUAUUUCAAAGUUUGUAUCCUAUAAUGAAAAGGAAUAUGGAAAUAAUUAAAGUCACAAUGCUGGCAAGAGCAAAUAUUUAGGGGUCACCUUUGACGGAACAGCUUGAAGACUUAAGUUUACUUUCCAAAUGAAUGUUUUGCUAUGUUAGAAAAUUUUGAUGAACGUUUUUACUAGAACCAUUUUUACAGUUUAUAUUGUGGUUGUCAGUAACUCUCCUUAUUCCUGCGUGGAAACAUUACAGUGACUCAAACCUGUAAAUUAGAGAAGCAUAUAAAAAUAAGAUAGCUGUGUUAUGAAAGUGUACGCUACUAAUGGGAGGCCAAAGGAGAGGCUUUUUCUAUUUGGUUGCCGCUGCAAAAU